ACGUAGUACACAAAAAAUCAUUGCGUGUCACGUCUAUUCUAUUCUUAGUCAAUGAUAUUACCUCGUCCGUACAUACACAUACGUAUAUCGACACAAGAUAACUUUGCCCAAGAAUAUCGGUAGUAACAACCUAAAGCUGUCAGAGGAGUUUUGGCAUUCCGUUAAUCGUGAAUAAUACAACGAUAAUAUAGUUUGUGAUGUAUUUACAAAACUACUGAACAUAAUUGUGAUUACAAACAGUAUUACUACAGAAACAAAGGAAUUAUACUGGACUAGGAUAUAUUGAAUAUUAAUAUGUCUUCCCUCCAAAAGUCGAUUCUGAAAUCGAAAUUACCACCAUCAAGUGUCAAUUUUGGAAUUGGCUCUAGGGUUAGCAAAUCAAAAGGGUUUCAACGUAAGAGAGAUUACGACCCAGUUCAAUGGAUCCCAUAUUUCGAUCAUUCUCAGGAUGUAAAAAUAGGAAAUGACACAUUUCAUAUAUAUACUAAGGGUACAGAGGGUCCAACGUUAGUAUUGUUACAUGGAGGUGGUUACAGUGCGUUAACAUGGGCAGAAUUCACUAAAUCACUUAUGACUAUGGUAGUAUGCAAAGUUAUGGCAGUUGACCUCAGAGGUCAUGGAGAUACUCAAACAUCAAAUGAAGAAGAUUUAUCUUCUGAUACCUUAGCAGAGGAUGUUGCAGCAAUUGUGAAAGCAACAACAGAAAAUGAUCCCGUAAUCCUAGUGGGCCAUAGUAUGGGUGGUGCAGUAGCUGUUAGAGCUGCAUCAUUAAUAUCAAAUUUAUGUGGAUUAGGAGUUAUCGAUGUUGUUGAGGGAACAGCUAUGGAUGCAUUAGCAUCUAUGCAAAGCUUUUUAAGAUCUCGACCAUCCAGUUUUGGUUCUAUUUCUCAAGCUAUAGAAUGGUGUGUACGAAGUGGCCAAAUCCGUAACAUACAAUCAGCUAAGGUUUCAGUUCCUGGACAAAUAACAAACACUGAAACUAAUAAGUUAGCCACCCAUGAUAUCGAUUCAUUAUCACAAUCGUCAUGCGAGUGUAAUUCAGAGCCUACGAUUUCGCGAGAGGAUAUUAUUCAAGAAGAAGAACCAGUAAAUAUGCCACCACCACCUGCUCCAACUAGUACUACUGCUACUAAAAAAUAUGUUUGGAGGAUAGAUCUAUCCCGAACUGAACAACAUUGGUUUGGAUGGUUUAAGGGUUUAUCAACAGCAUUCUUAAAUGUACCAGUUCCAAAGGUACUAUUGCUAGCUGGCGUUGAUAGAUUAGACAGAGAACUUACUGUUGGUCAAAUGCAAGGUAAAUUUCAAAUGCAAGUAUUACCAGCUUGUGGACACGCGGUACAUGAAGAUGUUCCAGAUAAAGUAGCAGAAGCAAUUGCUACUUUUAUGGUUAGACAUAAAUUUGCUGAAUCAGUAUCAGAUUUCCCACGAACAUUUCCUGCUUGUUAGGAUUCUAUGAAAUGAUACAAUGGACCCUUUGUCAAGUAAUAUGAUGG